AUGCCAUACAUCGAAGUAAACCAAAAACGUCUCAACUACUCCGACUCCCACCCCAACGGUCCCCCCGUCGGUGGUCUAACCUACAUCUUCAUCCACGGCCUAGGUUCAUCCCAAAACUACUACGGCGGCGUAAUCCCACAUAUAACACCAAACCAUCGCUGCAUAGCAAUCGAUACAUAUGGCUCUGGAAGAUCCGCUUUUACGGGCUUGAGUCAGUCUAUUGAUACCAUUGCCGACGAUGUUGUGAAGUUGAUGGAUAGACUCAAGGUGUCAAAGGCUGUGCUUGUUGGUCAUUCUAUGGGCGGAACGACGGCUUUGCAGUUUGCGGCCAAGUAUGGUGAUAGAGUUGUUAUGGUGGUGGCUAUUGGGCCUGUGCAUCCGACGGCUAGUACUGGGCAGGUUUUUGAGAAGAGGAUUCAGAUUGUAUCUGAGGAUGGCAUGGAACCAAUGGCCAACACAAUCCCAUACGCAGCAACCGGAUCAAAAGGUACCGCCCUACAAAAAGCGUUUAUCCGAGAACUCAUUCUAGGUCAAUCGCCCGAGGGAUACAUCUCGCUCUGCCACGUUAUUUCUGAAGCGACAGCGCCGGAUUAUGCUGCAAUCAAUGCUCCGUUGUUGAUUAUUGCUGGCGGUGAGGACAAGGCUGCCCCUUUGGAGGGUUGCAAACAUAUUAUAGCGACUGUGUCUAGUACUUUGAAGACGCUUGAUGUUUUACCGGGGGUUGGUCAUUGGCAUUGCAUCGAAGCGAGUGAUGAGGUUGCGAAUCUGAUCUUGGAGUUUACGAGAUCGCAUUGA